AUGGUGUUCCAACCGCAAGAGAUCCCGCCGGGGUCUCCACCCCUUAUCGAGGACGAAGAUGCUGUCAACGGCGUGUGGGUGCCCAUCUACAGCCAUGCCUGCACCUUUGGACCCGGUGUCUUCGCGGACAAGAUGAUGGACCUCAUCAAGAACCCGAAUCUAAACUCCAGCUGGCUCUUUCGCGCCGACAUUCUGUAUGACGAGAAGCAGCGGACUGAGGGUAGCACCAACACCAACACCAACACCAGCACCAGCAGCGGUGAUUGUGAUGGCGCCACGACAACUGCAGCAGCCAUAACCAAUAACAGCAAUGGCUCUGCUGAUGCUGAUGCCGUCGAUCCAGACUCUACCGGCCUAUCUCUGCAAUCUCCGGUGGUCAGCCCCAUUGCCGUCGCGAUCCGCGGCAUGCCCCUCGUCCGCACCCUCGUCCGCAGACUCAUUCCCAGAAACGAGCGCAGAGACAAGCCCCUGGAGCAGACCUGCGCCUUUUACACCACGGCAAAAGACCCGGCACAAGACGGUUUACAGGCAACAGUCCCCGCUGCUUCUUCUGCUGCUUCUUCUGCUGCUCCUGCUGCUCAGGCUACUCUCGUCAUAUAUAUGCCUCAUGCCCCCUCGGCCGACAGUCUCCCCUUUUAUCAUCCCAAGGUUCGCGGCAUUGCCCAUCUCCACCAGUGGGAUGGUCAAGGCCAGGGCACUAUAUCCGUUCACUUCCUCCCCUAUCCAGAGCACCCCCUCACCGAUUCAAAGCUACGGCGAACAGCGUAUCAUCUUCUCGAGGUUCUCGACAAACACGGUCAUGGAGCGGUCAAGGGCUAUGUGAAACGAGUUAAUCAUGACUUGGUCAUUCCCCAAGACAGGUUCCAGAACCGGUACGCACUGCUCAAGAGCAAGUAUGCUCGCCAGAUGGUUGACUCGUGGGCCGAAAAGACGGAUCCUUCCAAGCACGUCUUUGAGGACUUGGGCAUAGCCGCCUUCCUCAUCGAGCUAUGGAACGACAUGUAUCCCAAAGACACGACUACUUUUCCUGGCUUUGUUGAUAUCGGCUGUGGAAACGGCUUGCUGGUGGCUCUGCUGACACGAGAGGGCUACUCUGGCUGGGGAUUUGACGCAAGAGAACGCAAGUCCUGGGCCCAGUAUCGAACGCGGGGGCAUGCCUCACCCUCUGGUUUCUCUCUGGAAGAGCGGCUGCUACUCCCUUCCAUUGUGGUGGCAACGCCAGCAGCAACAAGCGGUCAAGCUCAAGCGAGCCAUCAGGCUGAGGCUGAACCCGAAACCCACCUACUGCUGCGCGACGGCGUCAUACACGACGGCGCUUUCCCUCCAGGCACCUUUAUCAUCUCCAACCAUGCCGACGAGCUGACCCCCUGGACGCCGAUACUGGCCGCUUCAUCGAGGUGUCCCUUUAUCAUGAUUCCCUGCUGCAGCCACAACUUGACUGGCGAAAAGUUUCGCGCACCCCCUCCUAGGGACAAGGCCAAGGCCAAGUCAACCUACGCUUCACUAGUCGAUUGGGUGUCCAGGAUUGCGGAGGACUGCGGCUGGAAGGUCGAGACUGAGAUGCUACGUAUUCCCAGCACGAGAAAUACUUGUUUGUUGGGGAGAACACGAACAAGAGGCGACAGUGGGCAGGAGACGCAGGUAGACGUGGCGGCACUUGUUGAAAAAUACGGCGGCACAGGAGGUUACUAUGAGAAUGUUGCGAAGCUCGUCAAGUCAGGCCCAAGAGGUCAUUGA